GACGUAAGGAUUACGUUAUUUGUUAAAAUAUCACGGUGUUGCGCAUUGAACUAGUUAGCUAGUCUAGAUACUUACUUUUUUAAGCAGUCAACUGGUGAAUGGUAAAUUUGGUUCAAGAGCUGGAAGAACAUGAAUGUCAGGGAUUGUGUGAAAUCGCAACAUUUGAAGUUAGUUUGUCGGACGUUGACUUGGUGGUGUCCACUGUCCUGUUCUUCGGGGGAAUUUGUCGUUGUCCGGUCGACCUAGAUGGCAUUUCACACAAUGAAUGCCCAGUAAUCAUUAUCUAGCUCUGAUAAAGAGUUAUCAUUCAUGGCCAAAACGUCCAGACCAGAACCAGAAAUACACAAAAUGCUCUGCACAGUUCAAGCUAUAGUCCUUGAUGGCACCUGUAGUUCUUGUUGAUGUGUAGUUGUACACUUAUGAUCAGCCCAUGUCAUUGGAGUCCAUGCACCAGACGUGCAAUACUUCUAGUUCAUAUGUAACAUCCUGAAUGUUACUGAUAUGAAUGGAAUGAAGAAUGUCUAGAUUCUGUUAAUUGAACGAUUCUGCAUUAAACACAGACAUUGGGAAAUUAUGUUAUGUAAAAUGUUUAGUGUAUUAAGCACAUACACAGGUUUUUGGAUGUGGCAGUACAGCAAAAUGCUUGUGUUACUAGGUCCAACAAUGCAGUAGCUCGAAAUGGCAAACAUUUACACUGUAGAACAGAUCUUUGAAUGGGAAAACCCAAUUCAUAUUGAAUUUGUUUCACUCUGUUUUGGGUCAUUUGUUCCAGUUCUUUUCAUACUUAACAUGACCCAACAAAGUCUUACUUUCCUGGCUACUUUCCAAGUGUUGGGCCGAGCUGUAUGUAGGUCCUGCAUGGAUUUAGUAUGACCUCAGAGAAAAUGAAUGAUUGCAGUGGAACAUUGGGGCUGAAUCUUAACAUCAAAGAGGAGGAGAUGCAAAAUUUCAAAGUGAAGGAAAAUGAGGCAUUCACAGUAAAGGAGGAUCAGGAAGCUUUCACAAUGAAGUUGUUGACAUUCAGAUUUGAAAAUGAAGAGGAAGCAGUUUCAACUGAAGAGAUUAUCAGAGUGAAAAUUGAGGAGGGUAGAGGAAAAAGCACAGAGACAAGACAGGGUUCACAAAGUGGAAGAAGUCCAAUACAGGAACCUGACUGGCGAGCUCCUGUAGAGAAACCUCACUGCUGCCCCAAGUGUGGAAAAUCAUUCUCAGAGUCAGGAAACCUAAAGCAGCACAUGCGGACUCACAGUGGAGAGAGACCGUACCACUGCACUAAAUGUGGUAAACGCUUCAUACAAUUGGGUCACUUCAAUUGCCACCAGCGUACUCAUACUCGGGAGAAACCGUUCAGUUGUGGUGAGUGCGGGAAAAGUUUUUCUCAGACAAUAAAUCUGAAGAAGCACCAACUAACACACUCUGGUGAAAGACACUUCUUGUGUUCUGAAUGUGGAAAGAGUUUUUCUUCAUCCACCAACCUAAAAAGACACCAGAGCACGCACAGCAAUGAAAAGCCUUUUCAGUGCUCUAACUGUGAAAAGUGUUUCACUCACAUCCACCACCUAACAAGACAUCAGACUGUACACACAGGGGAGAAACCUUUCACUUGCACUGACUGUGGGAGGUGUUUUUCUCUACAGGGUACUUUAAAAAAACACCAGCGCACACACACUGGAGAGAAACCGUACCACUGCUUGCUAUGUGGGAAGAAUUUCUCUCUUUCAGUUGCACUAAAGAGACACCAACUCACACACACUGGGGAGAAACCGUACCAAUGCUCACAAUGUGGAAAGAGUUUCACCCAAAAGGGUCAUUUAACUCAACACCAGGGAACGCAUGAGCUGGAAAGGCCUUACCCCUGCUCCCAGUGUGGCAAGAGUUACUCCUCAGCCCCCUCACUAAAAGCACAUCAAAGGAAUCAUGCUAAGGCAGUCAUGUUGAGGACACACCAGGAUGAACAUUUGUAAACUGGUUGCUCUGUAAGGGAUUGAUAGCCUACAUUUGAAAUCAUAAAUUGUGCCUUAAAUCCUUUGUCCCUACAGUUUUGUCACCCUCAUUUACAAAAAAAACUCUUAGGCCCAAUUAUGUUUCUUCCUGAAUUGUUCAUUUGCACAAUCUUUGCAUAUUUAAAAAUAAUGGACUGGGUUGCGUUCUAUAUUAAAUUAAUUGUGUGGAAUGUUUAAUUCAAUGUCAGAAACAUUUGACCAAUUUAUAGCCAUGGAUGGCCUCUUUUUGUCAACUGAUGUUUUUUUAAACUUCCUUACCUACUGGAAUUGCAGCACAGAUGUUUUACUCCUAAGCUUUGUUUACAUUGCAGGUCUUAAUGCUCCUCAGUUAGUUUUUCAAACCUUUUGUUGCAUAUUGACUGAUUGGUGGAAAUGCUUGUGCUUCUUAUUCAGCAAGCUACAUUGACAAUGGCAAUACCUACCAAGAACGUUUUCCAGUUGCAUUGGAUGUUGAAAUGAAAUCAGUGUUGUACAUUUUAAGCUUGAAAGAUUCUAAUUUUUUUUGGCUAUCUACAACAUUUAACAAGCUAGGUAGCUGUUUAGUUUACUAGCAGACCUACAGAUUUAGAUUUAAAUAAUAGCUAACCUACUGUGGUGGUAUUGCAACAAACAGGCAGAAUUUAACCUGCUCCAACAUCUGGAUUUCAUAAAACACUGCUAACAGGAGAGGACAUCUAUCUGCACUCAAACCUGUGCUUCAUUUAAUUGAAAACCCUGCCAUAACAACCCACCAGGUUAAUUGCUCUCUUUAAUUAUGAUGACAAGUGACUGUUCCCAUAUAGCUGGUCUACUGUACUGCUUUCAGUGAAAUCAGUAGAAAUCAUAGGUUAUUUAAAUGUAAAACAAAUUUGUUUGUGACCUUAUUGAGUAAUGUCUCAAGUUUUCUUUUCUUUUAGCUAAUCAAAAAACUGUGAGGUGUGGUAUUGAUUGGAAUGGUAUUACUUACAAUUUGAUUAUAUCCAGUCUAAUAUGAAUUAGCCACUUCAUAUUACGUAAGAGAAGCUAACCAGCUAUUGGCUUUCAAAAUGUUUUUAAAUCCCAAGUUUUGGUGAAGCGAAUACAAUUCCUUGUUAUGCCCCAAUUCAAUGCAGUAUCUAUUAAGACUAGUUAGUUGCCUUGUAUGCUCAGCUAUUUCAUCAGCAUUACACUGUAGAUGUUGGUGCUUUUUGUGCUAGUGAUGGCAAGCGAAAGGGUGGAGGGAAUACCACAUCUGUGAAAUAAUGUUAAUAAGAAUGUCUUGAGAUGCAGCAAAAUAAUUUUUGGUAAGGAUAUUGUGCUGCAGUGAGAGCUGGGUGGAGGUUUUACAUAUAAUUUUAUUUUGCAUUUUAACCUGAACCAUAUAAACCAAUCAGCCAUAACAUUAUGACCACUAACAGGUGAA